CCCCUCCCCCCCGGAGCGCGCCAUGCGUGGGGGUCCGGGCGACGCCGAGCGGCGGCAGCGCUGGGGUCGCCUCUUCGAGGAGCUGGACAGUAACAAGGACGGCCGCGUGGACGUGCAGGAGUUGCGCCAGGGAUUGGCCCGGCUGGGCGGGGGCGACCCGGAGCGCGGCGCCCAACAGGGCCCCUCCCCAGAGGGUGGUGCUGACCCAAAUGGCGGUCUGGACCUGGAAGAGUUUAGCCAAUACCUGCAGGAGCGGGAACAGCGCCUGCUGCUGCUUUUCCACAGCCUGGACCGGAAUCAGGAUGGUCACAUUGAUGUCUCUGAAAUCCAGCAGAGUUUCCAAGCUCUGGGCAUUUCUAUCUCUCUGGAGCAGGCAGAGAAAAUUCUACAUAGCAUGGACCGUGAUGGCACUAUGACUAUCGACUGGCAGGAAUGGCGUGACCACUUCCUGUUGCACUCACUGGAGAAUAUGGAAGAUGUGCUCUAUUUCUGGAAGCAUUCCACGGUCCUGGACAUUGGUGAGUGCCUGACUGUCCCUGAUGAGUUUUCAGAGCAGGAGAAGCUGACCGGCAUGUGGUGGAAGCAGCUGGUAUCUGGUGCAGUGGCAGGUGCCGUGUCAAGGACAGGCACAGCCCCUCUGGACCGCCUCAAGGUCUUCAUGCAGGUCCAUGCCUCCAAGACCAACCAGCUGAACAUCCUUGGAGGCCUACGGAACAUGAUCCAAGAGGGGGGAGUGCGCUCUCUGUGGCGUGGCAAUGGGAUCAACGUGCUCAAGAUUGCACCUGAGUCAGCUAUCAAAUUCAUGGCCUAUGAGCAGAUCAAGCGGGCCAUUCGGGGACAGCAGGAGACACUGCGUGUGCAGGAGCGCUUUGUGGCUGGAUCCUUGGCUGGUGCCACAGCCCAAACCAUCAUUUACCCCAUGGAGGUACUAAAGACACGGUUGACCCUUCGCCGGACGGGCCAGUACAAGGGGCUGUUGGACUGCGCGUGGCGGAUCAUGGAGCGAGAAGGGCCCCGCGCCUUCUACCAUGGCUACCUGCCCAACGUGCUGGGCAUCAUUCCCUACGCGGGCAUCGACCUGGCCGUCUACGAGACCCUGAAGAACCGGUGGCUCCAGCAGUAUAGCCAUGACUCGGCUGACCCAGGCAUCCUCGUGCUCCUGGCCUGUGGCACCAUCUCCAGCACCUGUGGCCAGAUAGCCAGUUAUCCCCUGGCCCUGGUCCGGACCCGUAUGCAGGCCCAAGCCUCCAUCGAGGGCGCCCCCCAGCUCUCCAUGCUGGGUCUGCUCCGUCACAUCCUGUCCCAGGAGGGCAUACCGGGCCUCUACCGGGGCAUUGCCCCCAACUUCAUGAAGGUUAUCCCAGCUGUGAGCAUCUCCUAUGUGGUCUACGAGAACAUGAAGCAGGCCCUCGGGGUUACGUCAAGGUGAGGGACCCAGAGCCACCCUCACUGAGAUCUCUCACCUCAAUCAUGACGUCCCCUACACCUCAGCCACUGGAGACCGAUGGCCCAGCCAAUGGAUCCCAGGUGCCCCCCACUCAAACCACAGAAUCCCCAUACUUCAUCUACUGGGUCCUGCAUCCCACAUCCCAGGUACUGGGUCCCAUGUUUCCCUGUCUCCCCACUCCCCUACACACACACACACACACUGGGUCCUAGAUCUCCAUGUCUUAACCACUGGAUCCCCCACAACUCAGCUAAUGAAUCCUGAAACCCCAACCAUAGGAGCACAUAUCCCCAGCUCACUCAGGCACCAGAUCCAAUGUCUUCAUACAGCACUAGAUCCCAGAUCCCCAACCCCACCUGCAGAUCCCAGACCUCCAUGCUUCAAUCCUUGGAUUUCCAAGCUUGGACACUGGAUCCUGGAUAUCAAGAAACCUCAGCCACCGGCUCCUGACAGUGCAAUGCCCAGACCCUGGGGCCCCCACUACUGGAUCCCAGAUCCCCUCAUCCAAGCCACUGGAUUCCUGAAUUCCUUUACCUCAACCCUGGGUCCCAGAUCCCUCUUCUUCAUCUGCCAGAUCCCUACAUUUCAACCACUACACCUUCAACCCCCAACUCACCAGAUUCCAGAUCCACAAGCCCUGACACAUUGGAUCCUAGCUCCUAAAGCCACAAUCAUGAAAGCCCAAUGGUAGAGUGAGUGAGUCUGGCAACAGCAGCUGUUGGCUCCCCAAUCCCCUCACUUCAGGCCCUGGAUACUAAAACCACCCACAGGAAACAGACCCUGACAUGUCCAAGCCCUGGAUCCCAACCCCUUAGCCCCUGGAUUCUGACCUGAAUCCUCCCAGACACUGACUCCCAAAUGCUUACAUCUCAUGUCUAGAUCCCAGUAGGCAGAUCACAGCAACCUGGACCCCACAUGUCCCCUGACCCAGACACACAAGACCCCAAAGACCUCCCCCACCACAGCACAAACCUGGGAGCCUGUGGGAACCCCACAUCCUGGCUCCAGAAAACUGGUGGGACUUGUUCAAUGUCCUGAUAUGGCUAGAUGCCCCUCAUGCAUUGCACAGGCACUGGAUCCCCCCACUUCCCCAGCAUGACCAUACUUCUGGGCCCUGUGGGAACAUGGCUCCCUCCAACUCUCCCCCCAACUUUCUGCAGUGUCUUCCACUCCCCACCUUAUGAGCUGAAAACUCCCAGAGCCUGGGUCCCCUGGAGGAUCCAGCUGCUCUUUCUUGGGGGCUGACAAUGAGACAAUCUGAGGUGGGGGACACAUUAGGGGUACCUCCCCCUGCCCCAGCACUACCAGCCUCUCAGACUUCAGAGCUGGAAGCCAGGAGCAAGUCUACACAGAUCAUCCUUCCCUAAACCCAAGCAUCCAAUUAUGCAAAACAAACCCAAUCCCCAGGACUCACUCCAGGUCUAUUUUUCUAUGGAGAGGAGCAGACAUUCCCUCACCACCCCCAUCUUUGUGAAGAAACCAAGCCCCAACACCCCCAUAUACAUUCUGCACUUUAUAGUUGGAUUCUGAACUUAGGAUAACUAGGGGACCCCUUCUUCUACUCUUUCCAAGUCCUUGAAGAACCCCAUUAAGAUUACAGAAGAACUAGGAUGUUUGUGGGAAGUAGAGGACCUCCCCGAGGCUUCCACCUCUCCCCACCUGUACCAUGCCCCGCUUCCCUGCUUGUAUGUGUUAUUUCAAAGAAAAAAAAAGGAAUACAUUUUCUAAGCUCUU